CACCCCGUUACAAAAGACAGCCAGGAUCCUGGUAUACUGUACAACACAAAGGUGACGGAUAUUCCCAUGCAGAGGACACACCCUCUGCUGGCAACUACACACGCUAGUGUUUCCCACACAGAACACGUGUAAACGCACAUCGUCUUUCACUAAUCGUUCUCUCUUUUCAUCACGAUUGCUAAACCUCCAUCACAGGUUUAUAGUUUGCCGCUUCGGGAGAACAUUGGACGAGCCCAGCUGAGCGCGUACUUGGGUUACGCGAGGGUAAAGCACUCAGCCGCGUUCAGUGAGUGAGUGAGUGGGAAAGUAAAUGAGAUGAAAGCUCAAGUCAGCGAGCCAGCAGGUCGGACAUUCAAAGCUUCUUAACUGCAGCAGGUGGAAGGAGCAAUAGCUAGAAGAGGAGGAGGAGGAGGAGGAGGAAGAAAAGAGCCCACCCUGGACUCCAGUCGGAGUGUGGAAAGGACCCGUGCGUAAGACAGAUAGGUAAACCACCACAGUGGUCUGAUCAUCUACCUGUGCAUCAUUUAGCACAUUUAUUUAAUUCAUUUUCACGCAGUGACCUUCACGAUGGACAGAUUGACAGUGUGAAGAAAGUGUCACUAAGCAGGCUGUUCGGUACGCGCAGAACAAGUCCCCAAAUGUCUGCUAUGAGGAUGGAUAGAGACCGAAAGAGUUGGCACUCCUGGGACAAAUCGAGCAUGGACAGAAGGAGUGACAUUAGGGCGAUGAUAAGGGAUGUGGAGCGGGUACAGCAAUGGACUGUGAUUUUUCUGGUCUCACUCGCUCUGCAGCCGCAGGUGACGUGUGCGGUGGGCACAUUUGAGGUGCAGGUUCGACAGUGGCUGAACCCUCAGGGCUUUCUGCAGAACGGUCAGUGCUGUGACCCCCUGGCCAGUGGGGGGCAACGCUGUUCAUCAGGUGAUCAGUGUGACACCUUCUUCAAGGCCUGUCUAAAGGAGUACCAGGCUCGGGUCGCACCUACUGGCACUUGCACAUAUGGCACUGGCAGCACAACUGUCCUGGGUGGCAACUCCCACACCUUACAUCAUCAUGGUAACGAGGGAACCGACAGCAGAAAUGGACAAAUUGUUAUUCCAUUUAAAUAUGCGUGGCCAAAAUCUUUUUCUCUGGUGAUUGAGGCUUUGGACCAUGACAAUGAGACAUCAGAGCCAGGUCGGGAGGAAUUAAUAGAGCGAGUGUUGCUAUCAUCCAUGCUGAAUCCAAGUGAACAGUGGCAGUCCUUCCGCCACCACGGCCGCGCAUUCACUCUCAAUUAUAGCCUGCGCUUCCGCUGCGAUACCAAUUACUACGGCCCACUAUGCAACAAGCUCUGCCGUGCACGAGACGACUUUUUCGGCCAUUUUGACUGUGACCCCUCUGGUGUCAAGGUGUGUAAGGAGGGCUGGACUGGACCAGAGUGUAGACAGGCUGUGUGCAAGCAGGGAUGUCACCUGUAUCACGGCUCCUGCGAUCUACCCGGAGAGUGCAAGUGUCAUUAUGGCUGGAAGGGUGAUCUGUGCGAUGAGUGUGAGACAUUUCCUGGGUGUGAUCAUGGCACUUGCACUGAACCCUGGAAGUGUGUGUGUGACACAAAUUGGGGUGGUCUGCUCUGUGACAAAGAUCUGAAUUAUUGUGGUAACCAUCAGCCAUGCAAGAAUGGUGGUACUUGUACCAACACUGAACCCAAUGAGUACUUGUGUGUGUGCCAGGAGGGUUUCCGUGGCCGCAGCUGCGACAUUGUGGAGCAUGCCUGUCUCUCCUCUCCAUGUGAGAAUGGUGGAACGUGUAUUGAAGACCCAACAGGAUUUAGCUGUGUGUGUGCGCAGGGCUGGACAGGACCCACCUGUGCUGCUGCAGUGUUGCAGUGUGACUCCAAUCCAUGUGGGCGUGGAGCUACGUGUCAAGAGACACCGCUAGGUUUCCAGUGUCUGUGUCCUCCAUUCUGGUCCGGCAGGACCUGUCAGCUCGACACUAAUGAGUGUGAGACUGGUGUGUGUGUCAAUGCCCGCUCCUGCCGUAAUCUGAUUGGAGGAUACUUAUGUGACUGCCUUCCCGGUUGGUCGGGGCCAAACUGUGACAUCCGGAACAGUAGCUGCCAGAGCUUGUGUCUGAAUGGAGGACACUGUGAGGACUCUCAGUGUGUGUGUUUACUGGGUUUCUCCGGGAAACUCUGCCAAACUGUGCUGAACUCCUGUGACAGCAACCCCUGUCUAAAUGAAGGGCACUGCAUGGCGCCUCAGGGUGGCAGAGAAAUGUUCUGCAACUGCUCGCUGGGAUACACUGGCACCUAUUGUGAGAAAGUGCUGGAUCUUUGUAAUCCCAACCCUUGCCCGAAAGGGGUGCCAUGUCGCAGUACGGAAGGAGGCUACAUGUGUGCCUGUCCUGAGGAUUACUAUGGAAAAGAGUGCAUGAGCCUGAAGGAUCCGUGUCAUGAACCCCACUGCAAAGGAGCAGUGUCAGAUCUGGGUGGACGUGGCUUCAGUAUUUAUAUGGUGUUGUUAGCCAUAUUUGCCCUGCUUGUUGCAGGCAGCUGCUCUGUAUGUGCGCUUCUGCUCUCCCGUCUGCACCACCGCCAUCGUCCCAAAGAGCAGCUGCGCACUUCAGCGCCGGAGGACAACGCCAUUAAUAACCAGCGGCAGUUCUGCACUCUCAUCCGUAACCUGGACCAUAGCGUGGCCCUACUCCCCCCUGCCCAGACAGUGCCCACCUCAGUGCCCACGGUGCCCAUGCCAGUGCUCUGCAGCGAAGAGAUUGAGCUUACUCUUCCCCCAUCACCUGCACCCUCCCCAGCUCUAAAACCAGCCCAUGGGCCCAAGUUGGAUAUCUGCAACCGUGAGCGAGAGAAACUGAACCGUUUCCACUAUGCAGACAACCAGGAACUGGAGGUGUGACCUCUCGAUGGCUACUGGGUGGGACUCUGACUUCCUGGCUUUGGAGGAUAGUGCUCUAAUUGGGUUAAUCUUAAAGGUGCUGUAAAAGGUUUUGUCAAAGUUGUCGAAAGCAGUGGUAACAAAAUAGCAUUUUUGCCCAACAAACUUACAAGUUACAAACUUAGAACUGCUUUGGAGCUGAACAUUGCCUUUGACUUCAACUACCAUGCUUUCGGCUUCCUGCUUCCUAUAUUUGGGCUGUUCUGUGAAAAUGAUUGACAGGCAGAAGGCACCUUAAAGUCUUCUGAUUGGCUAAACAAAGAAGCAGUCACAUCUGUGAUAUUUCAGGACAAAUAUUGUCUUUGACAGAUUUAAUUUGUCAGGUAAUAGGGACAUUUUCUGCUUGCCAUUUCAUAAAAAUUCAAAUAAAUCACUUACAGCACCUUUAAUCAAUCUCUGUAGUUGGACCUUGACCUCUGAGCUAUUCCUUACACAAAUAGAGACCCGAGAAGUUUGAAACUGAGAAGGGAAUGAGAAGACCACUCCAUUGCCAGCUGAAGGAACUAUACUGACAAGUCACAAAUGAGUUUAAAAAAAAAAAAGAACAGCGAGUGUUUUAAGGCCAGUGAUUCAACUUCCUUGAAUCCUGCAUAUUUAAAUGUAUUUUAUUGUGUUUACACUUGUGCCCUCUAUAUUUGUACACAUUUGUAUGAUUGUAAGCGUGUGGGUGUUUGUGAGCAUGUAAGUGUGUUUGUAUGACCGUGUUUGUGGAUGAUUCGCCAUAACUUUCCACAAAGCCAUGCACAUCAUUAUCACUUGGAACUCAGACUUUUUGAUACCUAUAGGAUCAUUAAAAUAGAGGAUUUGUAUCAGUAACUGAAGGAAUUACAGCACAGACUGAAAAAGUGCCACUUGACAUACUUAAAAAUAUUCCUAAUAGUCAUGUUAGAGAUGUAUAAGAUGUAUGAUUUUUAUAAUACUUGGAUGUAUAUAGCGCCAUUGUACAUAUUUUGUACAUAGCAAUUUUGCCAUUUUUGUAUGCUGGCUCUUUGCGAAAUGUGGCUUUUUUCAUUUUAAUUUUCGUGCUUUCCACUCAACUAUUUGACGCAAGAACAAAUUGUAAUUAAAGUGCAUUUAUCAACCAAAGUAUAAGUGUUUCUGUGUGUGUAUAUGCUUUAUUGUUGAAUAGUCUGUAUAUUAGGGUGUGUUUUGGGUAUCAGCACACUAAUAUACUGUGUACUUGCUGUUCCGUAAGCUUCGUGAAGUGAAUAAAAGGAU